AGAAGGAUGGCGCUAUGUCCCCCUCUCCGCACCCCCAUCUGUCUCCGGCCUCCCCAUCGUUCCCCACGCUAACUCCCCGGGCGCCUUCGCCGGCCGCGGGCGGAGCUCGAUCCGCUGCGCUCGGCGAUCCCCGGCUCCUUCCCCUCCCCGCGUCCCUCCUCCCCGGAGCCCCCCGCGGCCGCCGCCGCCGCCGCCGAGCAGCCCAGCGGCGCGAGCAGCUGCCAAGGGGCCAAGGGAUGAGCUGGGGCCCUCCUUCCCAAUGGCAUCGCCCCCUGGUCUGGAACUGAAGACACUGAGCAGUGGUCCCCAGACCCCAAGGAGACCAGCUCCUCCAGGCCUCGUGGCCCCAUCCAGGUGGGGUGUGGAGAACGCCUGCUUCUCCUCGGAGGAGCAGGAGACCCAUUUCCAGAACGCUGGGGACAUCAGGCUCGGCAGCUCCCCCAGCCCUCCGGGCGGCGUACCCUCCAGGCCCCGGUCCCAGCGGGAUGACCUGUCCCUGCAUUCGGAAGAAGGGCCCGGCCUGGAGCCCGUCAGCCGCCCCGUGGAUUAUGGCUUUGCUUCUGCUCUGGUUUUCCUGGUGAGUGGGAUCCUCCUGGUGGUGACGGCGUACGCCAUUCCCCGCGAGGCCCACGUCAACCCGGACUCGGUGACGGCGCGGGAGAUGGAGCGGCUGGAGAUGUACUACGCCCGCCUGGGCUCCCACCUGGACAAGUGCAUCAUCGCGGGCCUGGGGCUGCUCACGGUGGGCGGCAUGCUCUUGUCCGUGCUGCUGAUGAUCUCCCUGUGCAAGGGCGAGCUCUACCGCCGGCCGACCUUCGUCCCCUACCGGGGCUCCAGGAAGACCUAUGGCUCCAUUAACCUGCGCAUGCGACAGCUCAGCGGGGACGGGGGCCAGGGCCUGGUGGAGAACGAAGUGGUCCAGGUCUCAGAGGCCAGCCUCACCCUCCAGGGGUCUUAAUCAGGAGCUCUCCUGAUUUGGAACCUGAGGCUACAAG